UGCGAGGCCUCGGGAGGAAAAUCCUAAGAAGAAGGCGCUCUCGAUUGGGCACUGGCAAGUGUAGCGUCAGAGGAUUCAGCCAACCAGAACGCUUUUCAACCCGCCAAGGCCCCGCCUCUUCCUCGAGGUACACUUUGGUGGCGGGAAAAGUUGGGAAAUUUUCGCGCCGGGGCGGAGUCACCCGGGAGCGUCCGCGCGGCUUUAGAGGAGGCGAUUUUGCUGCAGUUCUGAGGCUGCGGGCAUGGCGGGCACUGUGGUGCUGGACGAUGUGGAGCUGCGGGAGGCCCAGCGAGAUUACCUGGACUUCCUGGACGAUGAGGAAGACCAGGGAAUUUAUCAGAGCAAAGUUAGGGAGCUGAUCAGUGACAACCAAUACCGACUGAUUGUGAACGUGAACGACCUGCGCAGGAAGAAUGAGAAGAGGGCUAACCGCCUCCUGAACAACGCCUUUGAGGAGCUGCUUGCCUUCCAGCGGGCCUUAAAGGAUUUUGUGGCCUCCAUUGAUGCUACUUAUGCCAAGCAGUAUGAAGAGUUCUACAUAGGGUUGGAGGGCAGCUUUGGGUCCAAGCACGUCUCUCCGCGGACUCUGACCUCCUGCUUCCUCAGCUGUAUAGUCUGUGUGGAGGGCAUUGUCACCAAAUGCUCUCUCGUUCGCCCUAAAGUUGUCCGCAGUGUCCAUUACUGUCCUGCCACCAAGAAGACCAUAGAACGACGUUAUUCUGAUCUUACCACCCUGGUGGCCUUUCCGUCAAGCUCUGCCUAUCCCACCAAGGAUGAAGAAAACAAUCCCCUUGAGACAGAAUAUGGCCUUUCCGUGUAUAAAGACCAUCAGACCAUUACUAUCCAGGAGAUGCCAGAGAAAGCUCCCGCCGGCCAGCUGCCCCGCUCUGUGGAUGUCAUUCUGGAUGAUGAUCUGGUGGACAAAGUGAAGCCUGGGGACAGAAUCCAGGUGGUAGGAACUUACCGCUGCCUUCCUGGAAAAAAGGGUGGCUACACCUCAGGAACCUUCAGGACUGUCCUGAUUGCCUGCAAUGUGAAGCAAAUGAGCAAGGAUAUUCAGCCUUCAUUCUCUGCUGAAGAUAUAGCCAAGAUCAAGAAGUUCAGUAAAACCCGUUCCAAGGAUAUGUUUGACCAGCUGGCCAGAUCACUGGCCCCAAGUAUCCACGGGCAUGAUUAUGUCAAGAAGGCGAUCCUCUGCCUGCUCUUGGGAGGAGUGGAACGAGACCUGGAAAAUGGCAGCCACAUCCGUGGGGACAUCAAUAUCCUCUUAAUAGGGGACCCAUCGGUUGCCAAGUCUCAGCUGCUGCGCUAUGUCCUUUGCACUGCUCCUCGGGCUAUUCCCACCACCGGCCGGGGAUCCUCAGGAGUGGGUCUCACAGCUGCUGUCACCACAGACCAGGAAACAGGGGAGCGCCGUCUGGAAGCGGGAGCUAUGGUCCUGGCUGACCGAGGUGUGGUCUGCAUUGACGAAUUUGACAAGAUGUCUGACAUGGAUCGCACAGCCAUCCACGAAGUGAUGGAGCAGGGUCGGGUGACCAUCGCCAAGGCAGGCAUCCAUGCACGCCUGAAUGCUCGCUGCAGUGUCUUGGCAGCUGCCAAUCCUGUCUAUGGCAGGUAUGAUCAAUAUAAGACGCCCAUGGAGAAUAUUGGGCUGCAGGACUCGCUGCUGUCCCGAUUUGACUUACUGUUCAUCAUGCUGGACCAGAUGGAUCCUGAGCAGGAUCGGGAGAUCUCAGACCACGUCCUUCGGAUGCACCGUUACCGAGCCCCCGGGGAACAGGAUGGUGAUGCUAUGCCCCUGGGUAGUGCUGUGGAUAUCCUGGCCACAGAUGAUCCCGAUUUCAACCAGGAGGACCAGCAGGACACUCAGAUUUAUGAGAAGCACGACAACCUCCUGCAUGGAACCAAGAAGAAAAAGGAGAAGAUGGUGAGUGCGGCAUUCAUGAGGAAGUACAUCCACGUGGCCAAGAUCAUCAAGCCUGUUCUCACGCAGGAAUCGGCUGCCUACAUUGCGGAGGAGUACUCACGCCUGCGUAGCCAGGACAGCCUGAGCUCAGACACAGCCAGGACAUCUCCAGUAACAGCCCGAACAUUGGAAACUCUGAUUCGAUUGGCCACUGCCCAUGCCAAGGCCCGCAUGAGCAAGACCGUGGACCUGCAGGAUGCAGAGGAAGCUGUGGAACUGGUCCAGUACGCUUACUUCAAGAAGGUUCUGGAGAAGGAGAAGAAGCGUAAGAAGCGAAGUGAGGAUGAAUCAGAGUCAGAAGAAGAAGAAGGGGAGAAAAGCCAGGAGGACCAAGAACAAAAGAGGAAGAGGAGGAAGACUCGCCCAGCAGAUGCCAAGGAUGGCGAAUCGUAUGACCCCUAUGACUUCAGUGAUGCAGAGGAGGAAAUGCCUCAAGAGCACACUCCGAAGACAGCGGAUUCUCAGGAGACCAAGGAGUCCCAGAAGGUGGAGUUGAGUGAGUCCAGGUUGAAGGCAUUCAAGGUGGCCCUCUUGGACGUGUUCCGGGAAGCUCACGCACAGUCCGUGGGCAUGAAUCGACUCACAGAAUCCAUCAACAAGGACAAGGAAGAGCCCUUCUCUUCAGCAGAGAUAGAGUCCGCUCUGAGCAGGAUGCAAGAUGACAACCAGGUCAUGGUGUCUGAGGGUAUCGUCUUCCUUAUCUGA